AUGAUCCGCUCGUUCGUGAAGGUGCUCGCCAAAGCACUGGACAUGGAGAAGACUACCACCGCAAUUGCACCCUCUGUUAUCGCUACCUCUAGGCCGGUCCGAGGGGCCUUCAGAAAGUCCGCCUGUCGGAUUGUCUCGAAGUCGCUGGGACUCGCGUCUCCGGUACAUAUGAUUCAUGCCAAUGACAGCAUUCCCGUCCAAUUGAAGUCGAACCCGUCCGGGCUCAUUGUGUCUGAUGAUGAGUCUUUUGUGCGUCCGAAGCUCUACCAAACAGACUCCGGUUACUCCAGCUACGCCAAUAGUGUCAGCAGUCAAACUCUCCCGUCGCCAAAGCCUCAGGAUAAGCAGGCCAAGGUUGAGUCAAUUACCUACAUAAAUCAAAUCCGCAAUCAUUGCCCACAUCUCCAUGGACCAAAAGCAGUCUACCACCGCUCACCAUCAAUCAUCCACCCCCUGCUCAACUGGACAGCCUCCGUCCGAAAACCCCUCGGAGCACCUCGAAUCCACUAUGAACGAAUGUGGCUCCAGGUCACGGAACCCGCUGGAUACGAAUCUUUCACCGGCAGUCUCAGUCUUGAUUUCACCCCGUCCAUUGAGGUGCAGAAGACGUUCAGUGAGGAGCCGUUGAUCAUUUGUUUACCACACGUCGGUGGACACAGCAACUCUUACAACAUUAGGGAGUUGAUGGGAGCGUUGUGUGGGCCGAAGCAAAGUGGUGGACGUGGGUAUAGGGGUGUGGUGCUGAACCACCGUGGACAUGGUUCAACACCACUGACGUCGCCGCGGAUUCCAAACUUGUACGAUACGGAGGAUCAACGCUCUGCUCUUCUCCAUCUUCGUCGGAUGUUUCCAGUUGCCAAGUUCGUCGUCAUUGGCCUCUCGAUGGGUGGUGCACUCCUCACGAAGCUGCUGAGCGAGCAAGGUCCCGACACGACGAUACACGCCGCAUUGGCGAUGAGUCCAGUUCUUUCUGGCGAAAACUUCUUUAUUGAUUUGGAAAGAAUCUCGAGCGCACCGCUCGUGGCCAGAAUCGUGCCAAGGCUAGUUAGUGCAUCGGUUUCCCUGGUCAAACCUUACUCGUAUGUCUUCAAUGGGGAUGCACGGCUCGGCCUUGAGGAUGUUGAUGAGGGCAUGGAUUCGUUGGUGAAGAUGGAUGAUUUCCAUAACCGGUUUGCGAAGGUCUAUGGUGGCUUCAGAGAUCGGGAUGAGUUCUACGAAGCUGCUUCUUGUCUUGAUGAUAUCAAGAACAUUGCGAUCCCGAUGAUAGUCAUGUGGGCAAGAGACGAUAUCAAGGGUUCCGUUUCUUGUGGUGAGCACCUCAUGGCGGAGAAUCCUAACAUCAUCCAGGCCGUCACCGAACAUGGUGGCCACAUCGGUUUCGUAAGCGGUGUGGGAAAGCGACAACGGAGGUGGUCCACCAAGCCUAUCUGUGAAUGGGUUGACGCAGUAUUGGCUCUUCAUCGGGAACCAGUACCAGCAGAGACGGUACACCGUGACGGCAGAGAUAUCGAAGUAUGGGAAGUCACGCAAGAGCAGUUGGAGGCUUUGGUGGCGUUCCAGGUUCGCACGAUGGCGAAACCGGGCACUCCCAUGCCAAACAUUGGAUUGAAGAAGUAG